ACCCACUACCCGGUGCAACUGCCACAACUCGAGCACGUUGAAGCCACCGGCGUGACCGUCAACACGUCUGUCGGCAAGAUCACCUUCGUGGCGGCAUACCGGCCGCCGCGGGGUGUUCUGCAAGAGGCCGAUUUCGACACCCUACUGGACAUGGAGGGGAGGCUGUUCAUCGGGGGGGACUUUAACGCAAAGUCCGCCCACUGGAACUCCCGCCUCACAAAUGUCAGCGGGCGCCGACUUGAACGCGCCGCCCUCAGACACGGCGCCAUCAUUCUAGGGCCCUACGACCCAACCCACAUCCCAGUGCGCGGACAACCUGACGUUCUCGACGUUGCUAUACUGAGGGGGGUCGAUAGGUUUACGACUGCCGAGACGAGGACGGCUUUGUCAUCAGAUCACUUGCCGGUGAUCUUCGACAUAGACGUCGUCGGCGCGGCGGUGCGGGCCGGUCGUCCAUCCUUCAAAAAUAUCAACGUCGAGCACUUCCAAACCGAGGUACGGGAGUACCUCACAGAUGCCCCUGAUCCGGAGGAGGUGGGGGCGGAAGCCGCCAUCACCUCCCUAAAUCAGGCGCUCCUGCGAGCGGCAGAGACUGCCACACCUGGUCGCACUCAUCGGCCGCAAGACAGGUCGCGACGCCUCCCGCAAGCAAUACGGGAGCUCAUAGUUGCGAAAAACCAUCUCUUCCGUGAGUGGCAAAUAACGCGACAGCCGGAAACGAAACGCCGCGUAAACCGCAUGCGUCGUGCCAUCACUGCGGCCGUCCGCGAACACCGCAACCAAGCAUGGGCCGACCUUGUCGAGUCCCUCGACCCAGAUGACGGCAGUGCAUGGCGAGUCGUGAGAGGUUUUCUGCGCCGCAGGCAGCGCAUUCCUCCCCUGCAACUCGGUCAGGACCACUACUGCGAGCCGGACGCCAAGGCAAGUGUCCUAGCGGACACCUUUGAGGCAAACUUCCGACCCGUGGUAGAAGACAUCGACGUGGCCCACGUCCGUCUAGUGGAAGAACGUCUCCCAGUCUUCCUCGACGCACGAGAGGAGGGUGACAGCAUAGACCCCAUCACCGCCGAAGAAGUCGCAUUGCAACUCCGAUCGCUCAACGCCCGGAGG